AGGGUUUAACCUUCAGGUACUCACCAUCAGCUCCUGAGUCUGCACCUUUUUCUCUCUCUUUGCAAGCCGUAGGUUUCAGAGAGAGAGUGGUGGCAAUGGCGGCAAAAGCUAGACUUCCCAGAAAGACUCGAAACCCAGAUCUGAUUCGUGGGGUGGGCAAGUUCUCCAGGUCCAAGAUGUACCACAAGCGCGGCCUUUGGGCCAUCAAGGCCAAAAACGGCGGCGUUUUUCCCCGCCAUGACCCGAAGCCAACGGCUGAGACCGGGCCGGAAAAGGUCCCCAAGUUCUACCCUGCCGAUGACGUCAAGAAGCCGCUCGUCAACAAGCGCAAGCUCAAGCCUACCAAGCUCAGGGCUAGUGUUACACCAGGUACGGUGUUGAUUAUAUUGGCGGGAAGGUUUAAGGGCAAGAGAGUUGUUUUUCUUAAGCAGCUUCCAUCUGGGUUGCUUCUCGUUACUGGGCCAUUCAAAAUUAAUGGUGUUCCUUUGAGACGCGUGAACCAGUCCUAUGUGAUUGCCACUUCCACCAAGGUUGACAUUUCUGGGGUGAAUGUCGAGAAGUUUGAUGACAAAUACUUUGCAAAGCAAGUGGAGAAGAAGAAAAAUAAGGGAGGGAGAGAAUUUUUUGAGGCAGAGAAAGAGGAAAAGAAUGUGUUCCCACAAGAAAAGAAAGAUGAUCAGAAAAGUGUGGAUGCCUCAUUGAUAAAGUCGAUUGACGCUGUCCCAGACUUGAAGACAUACUUAGCAGCGAGAUUCUCUCUUAAGUCAGGCAUGAAGCCUCACGAGCUUGUCUUUUAGAUGAUUAUCUCGUUUUUAUUACUUACUCUUGAGGAGAAUUUUCUGAGCUUAGACUGUCUGUUUAAGAUUUCUCGGCGGUUUUAUGUUUUCAUUUUGUCGGCAUAUCCAACAUGAUGUAUUUUAUUUGUUUUAGAGUUGUAAGGGUAUAUUCGUCUUUUACCUCACUAAGCUGUUAUCUUAAAUAGAUCAUCACACUUUAGUGGUGCAUAGUGUAAGUUUUUCUUUUGCUACUAGUGCAAAGAGUAAGUUUUUUUAUAUCAAAGAAUGCAUGGAUUGCAUUAUUGAGUUUUAAUUAA